CUCUUCAGCUAGAUUUUCCUGCUUGUUUUCUCCUCCCUUUUUUUUUGUCGGUAGAGUGCAGUUAUGGGUCGCAAGAAGAAGAAGCAGCUGAAGCCAUGGUGCUGGUAUUGUAAUAGAGAUUUUGAUGAUGAGAAGAUCCUUAUACAGCACCAAAAAGCAAAGCAUUUUAAAUGUCAUAUAUGUCAUAAGAAAUUGUAUACAGGACCUGGCUUAGCUAUUCAUUGCAUGCAGGUGCAUAAAGAGACAAUAGAUGCAGUACCAAAUGCAAUACCUGGGAGAACAGACAUAGAGUUGGAAAUAUAUGGUAUGGAAGGUAUUCCAGAAAAAGACAUGGAUGAAAGAAGACGACUUCUUGAACAGAAAACACAAGCAGAGAGUCAAAAAAAGAAGCAACCAGAGGAUUCUGAUGAAUAUAAUGAUGAUGAUUCUGCAGCUUCAACUUCAUUUCAACCACAGCCUGUUCAACCUCAACAAGGUUAUAUCCCCCCAAUGGCACAACCAGGACUACCACCAGUUCCAGAAGCACCAGGAAUGCCUCCAGGCAUACCUCCAUUAAUGCCAGGUGUUCCUCCUCUGAUGCCAAGAAUGCCACCAGUUAUGCCAGGAAUGCCACCUGGAAUGAUGCCAAUGGGUGGAAUGAUGCCACCUGGACCAGGAAUACCACCUCUGAUGCCUGGUAUGCCACCAGGUAUGCCCCCUCCUGUUCCACAUCCUGGAAUUCCUCCAAUGACUCAAGCACAGGCUGUUUCAGUGUCAGGUAUUCUUAACAGACCACCUGCACCAACAGCAACAGUUCCAGCUCCACAGCCUCCAGUUACUAAGCCUCUUUUCCCCAGUGCAGGACAGGCUCAGGCAGCUGCCCAAGGACCUGUUGGUACAGAUUUCAAGCCCUUAAAUAGUACCCUUGCAACAACUACAGAACCCCCAAAGCCUACAUUCCCUGCAUAUACACAGUCUACAGCUUCAACCACUCGUACAACAAACAGCACUGCAGCUAAACCAGCAGCUUCAAUAACAAGUAAGCCUGCUACACUUACAACGACCAGUGCAACCAGUAAGUUGAUCCAUCCAGAUGAGGAUAUAUUGCUGGAAGAGAGAAGAGCACAGUUACCUAAAUAACAACAUAAUAUUCCUCGACCAGGAGAGGCUCCCAUUGGUAAUCCACCCAUUGGACCAAUUGGAGGUACGAUGCCACCACAGCCAGGCAUCCCACAGCAACAAGGAAUGAGACCCCCAAUGCCGCCUCAUGGUCAGUAUGGUGGUCAUCAUCAAGGCAUGCCAGGUUAUCUUCCUGGUGCUAUGCCGCCGUAUGGGCAGGGACCGCCAAUGGUGCCCCCUUACCAAGGUGGGCCUCCUCGACCUCCAAUGGGAAUGAGACCUCCUGUAAUGUUGCAAGGUGGCCAUUACUGAUCUUACUUCAUCCAGUCUAAUAGGUUUGGAGAUUAAACCUUUUCUCAGCUUGUGCUGUUUAUAUAGCCAAGCUUCCGUCAAUAAGGCUUCAUUGUGACUUUAACAAACAUUAUCUUCC